AACAGAACAUUUGAGCUAUUACAGAUGAAAAUGAAGCUGAUUUUCUUUCUUCUAGUCCUCUUAAAGAACGGAAUGAAUCUGACCGAAGGACUCACUGUGUCUUAUUCUUCAGGGAGGAUUACUUUAAGAUAUUUCUUUAACCUAUAUUACAAUACAUAUGAAAUAAGUUGCUGUAAGUUAAAUCAGUUGCGGUGCUACUUCAUUGUGAACAACAGAGGAGUAGUGGACUCUAUGUAUCAAGGAAGAAUAUCCAUCUCUAUGUACAGUGGAGAACUUGAAGUAAUAAUUACAAACCUGAGUGAAGUAGAUGCUGGCACAUACCAAUGUGGUGUUGCAGGGAUAUUUAACACCUAUGAAGUGGUUCAUGUUCUAGUUUAUAACUUAAGAGUUUUCAGUGGAGUCAACACAGCUCCUCUCUUACCAAAAGCCACCAUCAAACCAACAUUCUGGAUUUCUUCUCCAUCUACACCCAGUGUUUCAGAGCAACCAGCUGAAAAAUCCAGUGAUGGCUGGAGCACAUUCCACAUGCUAGCUGUUGUUUUAAGUGUUCUGGUGUUUGUGGUCAUCUCAUUGAUUCUGCUUGCAUAUCGACUAAAGAAGAAAAAAAAAGAUAAAAGUGGAACGUGUGGUUCUUCUAACAUCACCAUGACGCAGGAUGACACCACCUACUGUAUGGUGGAAUUCUUACCUCACCAGGAUCAAUGCCAAAUAUAUGCUAAUUUCCAGAUCCGUCGUCCAGAAGACACUGCUCAUUCAGUCAUAGCAAAAGAAAAUGUAGAAUAUUCCAUAAUUUCACAAGCGCUGCCAUAAACAUUUGCAAUGUGUUUUCUUUUAGCUUUGACUUCUUUUGUUGGUUUUGGUUGCUCAAUUUUGUUUACAAGAAACUAUCAUAUUAAUCCAAUGCUGUUUCAUUGUACACUGUAAAAAUCUAAUUUGUGUUGGGACAAAAUGAGGGAAUUAAGUUAACAUUCGUUUUUACUAAUUUAAGUGGAUUAAACCUAAAACAAUUAAGCUGCCCCCCAAAAAACUCAAGAAUUGUGCUGUUUCAGCUCAUUUUAAAUAAGUUGUUUGUACAAACAGCAAGCGUAUUUUUUUCAGUGUAUGCUAAU